GACAGGUCGGUAAGUGCAGCGAGGAAAAAAAAACCAAAGGCAGAGAGAGCGCAAAAUAAGCACGGCCAUGCCGAUCCUGCACGGUCAAUGCUGAAAACAAGGCCGGCGACGGUCACUGCUGCUGCAGCACAAUCUUUGCAAUGUUUAGAAAAUAUAUACUUCUGGUAAAAUAGGUCCGUUUUGUUUUUUUGGGAGGGCAAGGGAGAGAGAUAAGUAGAGUGGGCACUGCCCACCAGCCUAGGCCUACGGCAGCCAGCCAAUAGUGUUCUGGAGCAGCAUGGAAAUGCAGGGGUAUUGAGAUUUUGGGGGGAAGGGGCGGGGGGUUUGAGCCGUGUUUUGGGUUUUGUGGUGGGGAAAGCAAGGUCACGUUUUGUGUCUAGUAUUUUUUUCCUCUACUCCAUACGUUCUCAUUCCGUCUUUUGAUAGUAGUGCAAGAGUGCCAGAACAGCUGAGGAUGAAGGGCCGCCAUGUUGCACCAGGAACUUUUGAUGCAAAAGCUUAAUCCAACUCGGGAGUGAUUUUUGUUUUCGGGAGGGCAGGAGAAGUAUAGGAUCUUUAAGCAAUUGAGGGGGAAAAAAAGAUCGGUAGUUUCAAUGAACUGUCACUUGCAAAGCGAAAGAGCACGGGAUCUGAAGGCAAUCAGAAGGAAGGUUAAGGUGGGAAAUAAGGAAAGAUGGAUCAUGCCUGUGAAUAUGAAUUGACAGUGGGUAGCACUUUGCCCUUUGGUAAUUCACAACCAUUUCCAAAUUCACUGGGUUUCAAUGUUUCUGAGAGCAAUGGCCAAAGCAGCAGGACUGGUCAGAGUAUUUGUGGAAGAGAAAGCUGUAACCUGCAGGAUGGAGGUGGUGUUCAGCAGUCCACUGAUUCACGGGAUGAUGCAAAACCUGCAUUUAAUGGACAUGCAUCAGCACGAUCUUAUAUUCCAUUGCGCAAACUUCAAGAUUUAGCUUCUAUGAUUCCUACUGGAUUCUCUGAGUCUCCAGAGACAAAGUCCCUUGAGAACUCUCCGAUUCAGGACUGUUGUGCAAUUGACAGAGGCAGUCAUACUUGUCCAGAGUCUGAUUUUACACAGAAUGCUUCACCCGAAUUGAAGUUAAAAAUAACUAAAAUGGUUAUGAAUGGAAAGAUGAUGUUUGAAUCAUCCAUCUGCAGUGAGGUGGAUAAGGAGGAUGGAAAGGAUUCUGAAGAGCAACUUGCAGUCAUCAAAGACGUAGAACUACCAGUGUUGCACAGAGCAAAAAGAAUGAGAAAGAAAAGUGUUAAAUACAGUCCUUCUCAUGAAUCUGAGCAGAAAGAAGACAAUGCAAUGAUUUUCUAUCCUCCAGCUUCUGUGGAAGGAAGAAAAAACUCUGUUGGAAGGCGGAAAAAAGUGAUUCCUGUGAAGUUUGAGAUUGGAGAUUUGGUAUGGGUGAAGUUCAGUAGACGUCCUUGGUGGCCAAGUGUUGUCUGUCUUGAUCCUGUGCUGAAGAUUCACACCAAGAUGAAGGAUCCGAGCAGAAGGCCUUGUCGACAAUAUCACGUUCAGUUUUUGGGCAUCUUUACAGAGCAGGCAUGGGUUGCUUCAGCAGUGGUUGAGCCAUUUGAAGGAAGACAUCAGUAUGAGCUGUUGGCGCAAAGGAAUGCCAAAAAUGCAGAAAAUGAUGCACAGAGAAAUAAGAUUUCUGUUAAACUCCAUGCGCGAUGGGAAGCUGGUGUUGAUCAGGCAGAAGGAGCACUUUCAAUGUCUCUUGAAGAUAGAAUAUCCAAAUAUUGCCUCAUUGGUGAAGCAAGCUUACUGCAAAUGGCUGCAAAAGAAACGUUUGACAUUCAAUACAAUUCAAAGUCCAAGGUGCUACAUACUUCAGCUAUCUCUAGCAGUCAAUCCAAAGGAUCCGAAAACUAUUUCUCUACAUAUUCAAAUAGGGAAAGCAAGAUGAGUAACAACUCCUCAACUACUAGGUGUCCUUCUGACUGUAAAACCAGAAAAGGAAUGAGAAACAAGCUCUUAAAACCCAAAGUUCUCAUCAAAGAAUCUGCUUUGUGUGCAAACAAUACAAGAAAUGAUAUCCCAGUGAAUUCUGCUAACUUCUUAAAUGGCUUUGUAGAGCAAUCGACUGAGAUGGUCUUGGGCACAACUCCAAAAUCCAAUUGUAUUGUUGAAAAUUCUUCUUCAAUCCAUAAUAAUAUCAUAAGUACAUCAGAGAUUGUUUCAGCUGCAACUGCAGUAUUAAAUUGGUCAGAUGAAGGAAUUCCUAAAGAACCAUUUAAUGUAGGAAAUGGUACAACUUCAACUGAACACAAGACAAAAACUAAUUCUGAACAUUAUGGUGUCUGUAAUGGGACUGGAGCUCAGUUUGAAGUCACUUGCCAGAAAACACAGAUAAGAACACAGGAUGCAGACCAUUGUAUCCAACAGAUGGAUGAGCUGGUUCUCACCCACAAUGUUGAAGAGAAAGCUGAACCAAAAGAAUGGAAAAGAGUGGAACAGACACAGUCCAGUAUUACCGAACUGGAACAGAUCUUUACAUUAGGCAAACGUCAAAGGAAACCCAGUAAAAAACUUCUGGAAUCAACAGAAGAUUAUGAACAGUUGUUUAUUUCAAAAAAGAAACUGAAACCUCCCCUUCAUCAGGGCACAUCAGACUAUUUAGAAAAAACAACACAUCGAACAGAAAUACAGGAUUUUAGAAGCUGCAAGAAUGAAUCAAAGAGACGACGACACAAAAAGAAUUUGAAUCACCUAGAAACAUCUCCUGCACAGGAGACCACUCCAUCUAAACUUGCAGCAGAUUCAGUCUUACCAAAAUCUAUUCUGUGUCAAGCCUUGCCCAUCCCUGUGGCAGUCCAAGGUGUUUCACAGCUAGCCCUCUCUACGUCAGCAGUAAAACCAGCUCCAUUCAAACCUGUGCUGAAACAGUGUGCACUCGCACCCGCAGGGGAGGGUGCCCAGCCCGUGUGUGGAGAUGAGGGUGCCCGGCCCGUGUGUGGAGAUGAGGGUGCCCGGCCCAUGUGUGGAGAUGAGGGUGCCUGGCCCGUGUGUGGAGAUGAGGGUGCCCGGCCCAUGUGUGGAGAAGAGGACGCCAGGCUCAUGAGUGGAGAAGAGGAUGCCAGGCCCAUGCCCACAGGGGAGGGAAAGGUGCCCGGAGGGGAGGGUGCCCAGCCCGUGAUUGGAGAAGAGGAUGCCAGGCCCAUGCCUGCAGGGGAGGGGAAGUUGCCAGGAGGGGAGGGUGCCCAGCCCAUGCCCAGAGGGGAGGGUGCCCAGUCUGUGCCUGUGGUACAAAAAUCCCAGCCCAAGCAUGUCACAGACCCUCAGUCCAUAAUUGAAUUAGGAAAAUCCAAGACCACAUCAGAACUGUCAUUGCAAUCCAUUCCUAAAAGGGAACAAUCACAGUCCAUUCCUGCAGACAAUCUAUUCCAGUCCACAGCAGCAGGGGAACAACACCAGUGCACUGGUAUAGAAGCACAGUGCCUGUCUGCACCUACAGCAGAUCAGUCCCCUUCCAAGACUGCAGAAUAUCAAUCCCAGUCUUUACCAGCAAAGGAACUGUUCCAGUCUUCAUCUGCAAAAGAGGGUUCAUCUAUUCCAACCACAGAAUAUCACCAGUCCUUGCCAGCAAAACAACCUGUUCUCCCUCGUGCUCCGACACAAGCAGAUUCACAGGAGUGUAAAAAAGACACUACUCUACAGAAGCGAUGGAAUCGUAGAAGCAGUCUGCAUACUCGACAAGUUUAUUCUGUACCACAACCACCACUUGGGGCUAAAGCAGAAGCAAUACUUACACAACUGACCUCUUCACCUGGAAAUGCUGAAGGCAAACGACAGAGAAAGCCCACUAAGAAGCUGUUGGAAUCGACAGAAGAUUUUGAUCAGCUGUUUAUUCCAAAGAAAAAAUUUAAACGGGACCUUCAUCAUUCAUUUAAGCCUUCCCUGCAGUCUGAAGCUAGAAGUUCAAAGAAGGUUCAAACAAUGUUAAAUAGUCCUGUGCCACAGUCUGUGAAGUGCCGUUUAGGUGAAAACAGUAUCUCAAGCAGAAGAACAGUUUAUAAAACUGAGAAGAAACUUUCACAGAUUUCAUCUUCCAAUAAGGACCAAAUUCGACUCAGAUCUGGAAGUGAAAAAAAGAAUGAUAAUCAGCCAGACUCUGCUGAUGAAAAUGACUUGGAUAGAUAUUUAUCAACAUCAAGGAAAUCUCAAGUGGAACGUGGUGGAGGGGCUGCAAAAAAGGAAAAUGUUUGUCAGCUUUGUGAGAAACCUGGGGAGCUACUGCUUUGUGAGGGACAGUGCUGUGGUGCCUUCCACUUAUCGUGCCUAGGCUUAACCAAAAUGCCCGAAGGAAAGUUUAUGUGCAGUGAAUGUACUACAGGUAUUCAUACUUGCUUUGUAUGUAAAGAAAAUGAGAAAGAUGUGAAGCGAUGUCUUAUGCCACUCUGUGGGAAGUUUUAUCACAUGGAAUGCAUUAAGAAGUACCCCCCCACUGUACUGCAGAACAAAGGAUUCAGAUGCUCAAUCCAUGUCUGUCUAUCUUGUUAUGCCUGCAACCCUUCCAAUCCAAGAGCAACCAAAGGUCGAAUGAUGCGCUGUGUACGGUGUCCUGUUGCUUAUCACGCUAGUGAUAAUUGUCUGGCAGCUGGAUGUGUGGUCCUGGCUUCAAACAGUAUCAUCUGUACUAACCACUUUACUGCAAGGAGGGGCUGCAGGCAUCAUGGACACGUCAAUGUCAGCUGGUGCUUUGUGUGCUCUGAAGGUGGCAGCUUGCUUUGCUGUGAGUCGUGUCCUGCUGCAUUUCACCGUGAGUGCCUGAACAUUGAGAUGCCUAAAGGAAAAUGGUACUGUAAUGACUGUAAGGCUGGUAAAAAGCCACAUUAUAAGGACAUCAUCUGGGUAAAACUUGGUCGAUACAGAUGGUGGCCUGCUGAAGUUUGUCAUCCCAAAAACGUACCAACAAAUAUCCAAAAGAUGAAGCAUGAAAUUGGCGAGUUUCCUGUCCGUUUCUUUGGCUCCAACGACUAUUUCUGGACCUACCAGGCACGAGUGUUCUCGUAUAUGGAAGGGGACAAAGGGAGCAAAGACAAAAAAUGCAAAGGUCUUAACACCAUCUUUAAAAAAGCACUACAAGAAGCAGCAGAAAGAUUUGAGGAGCUGAAAACCCAAAGAGAGACGAGACAGGCACAGGAAGACAAGCGGAAUGAGAAAAAACCACCGCCGUACAAACAUAUCAAGGUAAACAAGGCCGUGGGUAAAGCUCAGAUCUACACUGCUGAUCUCUCUGAGAUUCCAAGAUGUAAUUGUAAGCCAACUGAUGAGAAUCCCUGUGGGGUAGACUCUGAAUGUCUGAAUAGAAUGUUAAUGUAUGAAUGCCAUCCAGCCGUCUGUCCUGCAGGAGAAAAUUGUCAGAACCAGUGCUUCACCAAGCGGCAGUAUCCUGAAGUGGAAAUUUUAAGAACUCCAGGGCGAGGAUGGGGUUUACUUGCAAAAUAUAACAUUAAGAAGGGAGAUUUUGUGAAUGAAUAUGUGGGUGAGGUGAUAGACGAAGAGGAGUGUUAUGCUCGAAUCAAAUAUGCACAGGAACAUGACAUCACCAAUUUCUACAUGCUUACUCUUGAUAAGGAUCGGAUAAUUGAUGCAGGCCCGAAAGGAAAUUAUUCGCGCUUCAUGAAUCACAGCUGCAAGCCAAACUGUGAAACACAGAAGUGGACAGUGAAUGGUGACACUCGAGUUGGACUGUUUGCUUUGUGUGAUAUUGCUGUUGGAUCUGAGCUAACAUUUAAUUAUCACCUGGAAUGCUUGGGCACUGGAAAGACUGUAUGUAAAUGUGGCGCUCCAAACUGCAGUGGCUAUUUAGGCGUGCAGCCUAAGAAUAUACAGAGCUCCACAGAUGACAAGAAGGUAAAGAAAAGGCAAAUGCUUCCAAGAAAACGUAAGCAGCAGGCUGAAUUAGUGAGAGAUCAUGAGGAAGAAUGUUUCCGUUGUGGAGAUGGUGGGCAGCUAGUCAUCUGCAAGAAGCCUGGGUGUCCUAAGGUGUACCAUGCUGAUUGUCUGGUCUUGAACAAGCGCCCUGCUGGUAAAUGGGAAUGUCCAUGGCAUCAAUGUGACGUGUGUGGGAAAGAGGCAGUCUCUUUCUGUGAGCUGUGCCCCAGUUCUUUCUGCACGGAUCAUAGGGACGGAGCGCUCUUCAUCUCCAAACUAGAUGGCCGACUUAGCUGUAAUGAACAUGAUCCAUGUGGCCCAGUUCCUUUGGAACCAGGAGAAGUUAGAGAGAUUAUGCCACCACCUAACAGCCAUGUAUUACAGACCUUGCAGUCAUCAGAUUCCCUGCAUAUUCGGUGAAUGGAGUGUCCAUUUAUGGUGUCCCUCUGGCAAGAGUGUGCAUGUGUGCCUGUGUACACAUAUGGAUGGAGUCAAAUUAGUUGACAGAUGCAAGAUGCAUAAUUCCAAUAGCUAUAGGUUACUUGUACUGAGUUAAAUGAACUUGGACAGAUGUAAAAUUGAACAACAUGCUCAUCUUUCUAAUAUCCUCAGAACAAUUAUACUUGGAUUUAUACCUGGGACAUAAAACAGGCAUGCUCAGGUCAUACAAAAAUUCCAGUUAAACAACCAACAAGGCCAGUUAUUUUUGACCCCAGUGAACCUAGUUAUGUGUAGCUUUUUAAUGUGAUGUGGUAUAAUGCUCACUUAACAUAGGAUCAGUAAAUUCAUCUAGCAUGUUUUUGGCAUUGUAUGCUCAAUCUAGUUCCAUACCUAGAAGUAGGUGAUCACUGAAAGGAGUAGUUGCCAUGUGUUGUAAUCAAUGCAUCUUGUGGACUAGUAAGUUCAAUUAAUUGGUUAAAUCUGUUUUCUCCUAGCACUUGUUCAACAAUGCAAAAUAGUAAAACUUCAUUUAAAUUGAUAAAUGAAUAUCAUUAUCUGUCACUCAAGAUGAUUGCCUGGGAAGUGGAUGGUACCAUGUUAGGGGGCAUUUUUAUUUCACUUCUAGAAUCCAAGUUCAAUUUCAAUUCAUUUAGGAAGAAUGAAGUUCCCUAUGUCUUGUACAGAACAAGGGUUUGGAGCACUGUCCUCUCUACUCUGGAAAAUGGUCAUGAAACUAGCUUAGAUGCAGGAAACAAAGAUCUAUUUCAACUUAUGCAGAAUUGGUGAGCAUAUCAAUCAAGAUCCAAGUUUAAAUUGACUCUGAAUCCAGCACUAAUUCUUGAUCGUAUUGCUCACUGAAUGGAACUUAUUGCUGAUGGAACAAUAAAGCUGGAUACACUGUUUUGAAUUUAGCCUGGGCUAUACCAAACCUCAAUGUACACAAAACAAAACAAGAAAAAUUUCUGGGUAUGUUUGGUCCUCGUUGAGAUGAGCAUACAUUUACAAAAUAAAUAUUAGAGCAAAAAUUAUUUUUUUAAGUAUUGGUGGGAAGAUUAGCUGAGUUACUACUUGCUGACAAAAACCACAGCCUUGGUGAUCAGAUAGCAUCACCUAUUUGCUAGGGUGAUAUUUAUUUCUUUGACAGUUUCACACUAAAUAUUUAGUGUAUUUUACUGAGAUGUGUUAUCUCAGCCCACUUCAGUCAAACUAGCCAGUUGAUGGUGAAGGCAGAUGCCAUUUAACUGGAGAAUUUUGCUGUCAGCAUUUUAAAGAGUUCAAAAGUCUCCUAACAGCAACAGCGCUAUCAGUGUUUUUAUGUUUUCUUUGAUAUAGUGACAUUUAAUUCCUGUUUAUUUUUUCAGCUUUAUUUAAAAAUUUAGAUUAAGAUGAUUCAAUAUUUGAGGAAGUUCAAAUUUUAUGGAAAUCGAGCUACAUUCUGUUCACAUGCUUCACCUCCUGGAAGUAAGACACAAAACCAAGGAAAAAUUGCCAGUAUCCCUUUAACAAAAGGAAAGUUACCCUCUAAAUAUGUAUUUAAAAAUUGGGUAUUAAGAGCAAUUGCAAAUCAAAAUCAUUCUGUUUGUUGAGCAGUCUUUCCUAAGUGAACUUGAAUGCCAUCCUAACUUUUGACUAGUGAUGCUUUUUCACUUGAAAUUGCUGUGCAAUUAGAUCUUUUGAUUGUAAAACACAAGCCCUUUUAAAAUAAUUGAUUGUCUUUCGUAUUUUGCAGCAUUGUGUAAAUCUUAUGCUAAGAUUUCUGCAAUCCCAAGGAGACUGAUUCUCAGGAGUGAGGGAAUGUGUGCAUGAUUGCUGUUACAUUAAUUUCCCCCAGCAGAACUUUUAUUCAUCAGGUAUUGUCUCUGGACAUGAGAGAUGCAGUCCUCCUGAGAUUUAACCAUUCCACAAGUCAGUGUUCAUGCUAACCCUGUGAAUUAAAGUUAACUAAUGGGCUAAUGGAUUAGAUGCCAUUGAAAGUAAGGUUCUACUGUUUUCUAGUCUGAAGGAUGAAAAUCUUCUCUACCAGUUGAACAUGGACUGAGCUUGAAUUUUCUUAAUUUAUACUCUUAUUACUCAAUAUUACCCUUAAUCAGCAUAAGUUGUCUGUUACUUUGGGGCCAAAAGAUGACAGAUUGAAAAUAAUGUUAUAGUGGUUAAAUAAAUAAUCUGAGUUUGGAACUGCAGCAUGUUGUUGGAUAUUGCAACAGCUGUUCUGCAACUAAUCAUCCAGUACCUGACCAGGAAACCAUCAGUGCAUGUUCCCCAAAACAGUAAAUGUUACAUUCCUCAGCACUAAUGCCCCACUUACUGAUGAACACAACAAUAAUUAAUGAUUCCCAUUGUACUUAAAUUAGUCCAAAUGCAAAAUGGCUUGUUUAUUGAUUGAUACGUGUUCAGGUUUUUAUUAAAGCUCAAGGAAAUAACAUAGCAUUCAGUCCUCAGUGCAGCAGUAAUUGUAAUUCAUACUUUUUCCACCAGUGAGCAUAUCUCAAAGACAGUUGGAUGUUAUAUUGAAUCGUCUUGGCUGGAAGAAUGGUGACCCAACUAAAAUAAGCCUUAUAUAUUCUACCAGUGAAAUGCUUGCCCCUAGUGUUUGAUAUUGUCCAGAGGACAUCUCUGUAACUUUUCUACAUUUGCUUUGGAUGUAUUAAUUAGCAUUGGGCAAUAAUGGAAGUACUCACCAAAUAAUAUCCAAAUGCUCUUGCAUUAAAGAUACUAAUUGAAAAAUAAUAUUUAUAUUAAAUUUUAGUGUGCCAGAUCUUGUAUGCAGUUCAAGUUGGAGAUGUACUAUACAGUAGUUCCAAAAUUGAAACUAAUGGUCAGUUCUUUAAAAAGUUUCUGUCAAGUAUUAUUCUAUAUUUCCUGCCUUGGUUGUCACUUUCACUUAAUUACAAAUGGGCCAACCACACAUUGAUCUGGAAUCCACAGCCAACAGCAAGCUACUGAAUCUUUGGGCAAAGCACUUUUUCUUAUUAAUUCCUCUUUGAAGAAACUGCAUUUCCAUGAUUUAAUCCAUAAAGUAACUGACAACUAGCGAUGGGCCUUGUGUAAAUUGAAACUAUCAAGCAGCUAACCACAUUUGUGAAGAUAGAUAGUAUCUUAAUCACAGUGCAACUCCUCCUAUAAUAGAUAGUUUGCAUAUAAAAUUGCUACUUACCACUAGUUAACAAAGGGUUUAGGUUCCUAAAGAACCCUUUAUGAAAACUCCUAUAGUGGGAGGUACAGUAAACCCUUAAUUAGGGAUACUAGCUGCUAUGUAUGAUGGUAAGUCACCAUGGCAGCUGGUAUUAAGGAUGAAAUAAAACCAAACUGCUUGUUUUGACAAGCUGAAAUAUACAAGUCAUGCAUUGACUGGCCAUUAUUGACAGAGUAAGUGUUCUAGGUUUUUUUUCCCCCCGUUUUAAAUAGCUUUAUUGACAAGCUUUCCAUUGACCUGAUCAAAGAGACUUAAAUGUUACUAGUUCAUAUGGAUCUGUUUUCAUGACACCCUUCAUUGCACCAAAUUAAACCUUUAUUAAGCAACAAAUUUAAAUUAAAUUAAAACCCUUUGAGGCAAAGGUUUGUAAAGUAAAUGUUUGAUAGCUGGGAGAGAGCUGUAGUUCAUUUGAAUAAAGUGAGCCAUGCAAACAAGGUCCCCGAAUCAAAACUUAUCCUGUUUGCCAAGUCAACUGAUCUUAACUGGGAGAACAGUAGUGCACCUUAUUCAUGGCAGCCUUUACUAGGCUUCUAUUCCUAAUUGCUAUCAUACAGUUCUUUCAGAUGGUUUUUGCGAGUGGGCAUUCAUGUGUGUAGGGUCAGGUUUAUUGUUGCUUUUGGUUGAAUAUCCUGCUGAGUCUAGCUUCUUAACUUGUAUCUAGAUUACCUACUAGAGAUGGGUAAAGAAGAAAGCAAGUAUGUAAUGAUGAAUAAAAACUUGUAAAAAGGCCAAAAGAAAGGACUUUUAUAUACAUUGACUUAGGAAAAGUACCUGCAGUAUAAUUAUCUCUUGAUAUGUUCCAAUUAGCAAACAUGCCAUGAAAGAAUGCUGAUCGGAAUAGUUAUCAACUAAUCCAUUUAUCCCAUCAUUUUCAAUGUGCUCAGUCACUCCCUCGGAAGUUUGCCUUACCAGCUGUGGAUGCUGAAUGAUGAGUACAUUGAAGUACAUAUAUUAAAAAAAAUAAGCUUAUACUUGGACUUCACCCCAAGUUUCUUUGAGACAUGGUGUUUUGAAUUUCGGUGUUAAAAGAUUGGCACACACUGUUGCACCUGGUUCUAAUGCAGUUGCUCUUCAGAGAUCCAAGUGGAUAUCUGUAUGGUGGUUGGUAUCAUUGAUAAUUUUGCAUUGCCAUUAUUUUAACCAUAUAGCUUUAUUCAUGUUAGCAAUUAGCACAGUUCUUUGUCUGAGGUCUAGACAGCUACACUGAAACAGAAAGCAGUGACAGCAAAUACUAAGCAGAGAAUGCCCAUGAAAUGCAAAACCUAUAUCUGACCCUGCUGUCACAGAUUCCAUAGAACAAUGUGACCAUAAUAGAUCAAUCUACAUUUAAAUGGAUUAAGAACAGUUCUUCUUUGAUUCUCGUUAUGUUGGCCAUCUGAGAAACAGUUGGAAACCUGUGAUUAUUCUUUAUUCAUUGGAAGUCCCAUUUUCAUUUUGAAACAUAUUUGAUAUCAAUAUUAAUGCUAUUAUGGUGGAAAAGCAUUUGGUCCUUUGUUAUGGAAUUGUGACUUCAAAUGAUCUAAGUUUAUCACCUCCUGAUCUUGAAGACAUUAAUAUUUUACAUACUGUCCAGAAUCAAAUCUCUUUGGGCCUUCUUGAAGACUGAAUGCUAAAACUGUUAUCAUAAUGUGCUUUGAGCAUCCAGGUUGGAUAUGUGGGCUGUGUUUUACUUUGAAUUUCUUAGGCAAGUAUUAAAAGAAAGCAUAUAUAGAAAAGACAAAUAUAAGCAAUUGGUAUUUGCAUUAAUUCAAAACAGGCAAUCUGGAUCCAUACACCAGGGGUUUUAAAAUAAUGUCAUAACUUAAAAACAUCAUUGCUACACUUGUCGAAGAUGACAAUAAAUAUUCACAUAUAAAUUAGAUGUACUUGUGCAUCAUCUUCGUGUAAACGAUGCUUAGACCAAGGAGGAUUUUUUCUUUGUGUACCCCAGAUUUUAAUAGUUCUGCAGAACACUUAUUUUUGCUUACAAUGUGAAAAAGAUGCAUCAAAUAUGACAAUUACAUAUGACACAUUUUACCCUUUUGUCUACACUGGGUCCAUUGAUUGUAACAGUUAGAAUGCUGCAAUUAAAGUGUACUUCCUCGGACUAGGGCAAGUAAAUUUUAUUCAGGGUUGUAGAUUUUGAUUACUGAAAAAUGAGUGUACAUUGAUAUUGGGAUAGGACUUAGAUGUAACAAGAUGGUUAACAAGAUUGCCUGUACUCACUGCUUGGUAGAGAAUGACCAUUGUGCAAAUACAGAACAGUUGCCUGUGAACUGAGUUAGAGUUAGCCUUAAAUCAAUAAUGAUGAAAGUAUUCAAGCAGAAAUAUUUACUCUGCGUUCCUUUCUCCACAGAUGCUGCCUGAGGUAGUGAAUAGUUCUAAUGUGUUAUUUUAAAUUUGCAUUUCUAGCACCUGCAAUAUUUGGCUUUUUAUUUUAUUUGGAGUUUAUUACCAUUCUUGUUGAGAUGUCCCAUUCACUAACUUUCACAUGUUCACUAUCCUGUAGAUCUUAUUUAUUUAUUGCCUGUUUUUAAAGCUUUAAAUUUCCAACUUUCCUUCCUGACUAGGUGUUAUAAUAUCCUCAUUUGAGACAGUUCCUUCGUUAUUAUUUACUAUUAGUCUUGACAUUCCAAUAGCUGUAAGUGAUGUGACGGGGCAUCUCAGUGGAGUCUCCCCAUUUCUGUUCUGAAUUGACAUUCUCACACAGCCAUUUACAACAGGAGCCGCAAAAAAAAACAAUUAGAAAUGAGAAUCCUGCAUCCUUUACUCAGGGAAUGGAGGUAUGUUGAGACUUCCUAAUCCUGUAAUAGAACAUUGUUUAAAUAAAAUAUAUUCUUUUUCCUUCAGUGCACUGAACCAAUUGUACCUUGAGUCAAUGCUUGAGCUUCUAGAUGACUGUCAAAUGGAAAACAUAUUUGGGUCCUCCCUGUUCCAUUUUCUCUCUCAGUAUUAAAUGAGAAAUCAAGAUGUUACCAUCACUGCCAAUUUCAGUUGGAAAUGCACCUUAAUGAUUAGUUGCGUAUGGCUCCCAAGGUCAAGAUAAAACAAGAUUCACAAGAUAGAAUUUUCUUUCAAUUUUGAACAAAAGAUGAAUUGUUUCUGUUGUAUGCUCAAUGAGUUCCAGCAGGUUUAAAAUAGGAAUUGAACAAUGAUUUCUCUUAUUGUAAUUUAUCUUCAAAAUGCUGAUGUAGACUGGUGAGGUGCAGAGUUAAUAACAUUGCCGCAGGUAAUUAUAUUUACAGUAAAUCAGCUUAUCAUGAUUUCCCAAAUAACAAAGAUACUUGAAGCAGUUAUGGGGAAGAAUGAUAAAUCAGAAUAUAGUUAUGAAAAAAGUGUUCUAUAUGGUUUUGGAAUCUAUUAAAGAAGCCAUUAGAAGGAUCAUUAUAUUAGUUUAUAGAGUUUACAGAGAUCCAAUGUAUUUAUGACUCAAUAUUAUUUUGGCAGUUUAUUUAAAGUCUAUACUGUGAAGGUAAAAUUCACAUUAAUCAGGAUCCAAUAGAAUUCACAAGAUCAUUUUAACAACAAUUGAUUCAUUUGAAUUCUUCAUUCCAGAAUACCAACCCUAUGCGUUUCCCAUAAUAACAUCAAACUGUUUCUUAAAUUAGACUACUGUUCAGACCUUGAUGUCACUGUGGCUUCCUGUAAGAUGUUCUGGUAAUAGCUGGUAGAAUCCAAAGAUAUGUGAUAAAUAUAUUGUAAUUAAAACUAUCUGAAAAUAGAUCCUUAUUUUUGUUCCACAAAGAUUUAUCCUUUACCCCAAGCAAGCAUGUUAGAUAUUUGGAGGUAUAGAAAUAUAUAUGUGAUAUUCCUAGUUCACAUACAAAUAAAACUCAAUCACCUGUUAUUUUAGUCUGAGAGUAAGGCACUUCUAAUGAAAUGCUAUGCUGCUGCAUCAGUAAAAGAAAUUAAAAUGUUCCUACUUUCAUGAGAACAAAACAUACAUUGUGAGAUGGUUUACAGUAAUGCUUUGAGUAAUGGAGAGAAACAAAAAUCUAACCCGCAUGAAUGGUUUUUCUGUUGUAUAAACAAAUAGUUUAACUUGGCGAUGCCAACCUUUUAUAGGUUGCAAUAAACUAAGUGUUGAAGACAGGCUUUUCAAAUUAGUUUGUGAUUUUCAGAUGGCACAGACGUGGGACACUCUAUUUCAAAAAGUCUGAUACUUAGUUUAUUAUUGGUGCUUUAUGUGUACCACAAGUCAAAGAUUGUAUGGAUUACUUUAUUAUAUCUAAAGUAUUUACCUAAUGAUUUUGAAUAGAAAUAUUGCAUCAGAAGUAUCCACAUUGCUAUGGUGUUGCAACGUUGUGAAGGACUAAAUGGCAGCUUUAAUUUAGUCAACAGGAUUUUUGGUACUGUGUUUUUUUUUGACUUGUGCCCAGUUUCACAAUGGUGCAAGCCACUGACCCAGAGAUAUAUUGCCAUCUCCUACUUGCUCUUUAUUAAAUGAAAACAGAAAAUUGAGUUUCAUGUCCUGAGCUCUGCCAGCUGAUUUCCAGUUAUUGAUGCAACUUCAGCAUGAAACUGACCUAUCAGCUCUUUACUAACAUGAAACUUUAAAAUGUUUGAACUAUUUGUAUUUGGUCAAGAAGCUUCUAUGAGCAUAUCUACAUGCCUAAGUUAGUCAACUACCUAAAGCCAAAUUUUGAGCUUCACCAGUUUGAUUGCAGUUGAAAUUCAUAUUUUGCCUUUAAGGUAAUUCACAAAAGUACAAAAUGUGUAGUAUAUGGAUUGGGGGGGAAACAAAAAGGCAAUGGAUUCUGUCUGUCCCUGAACAGGUUUUGGAUUGAAUAUAUAGAAAGUAACGAAUCACAUUAAUGGAUAUUUUGACAAUAUUUUGGAAUAGGAUUGUUAUCUUUUAUAAAAUCAUAGACAUUUACUGAUUCAUAAUGUAUCAUUAGUUAAUUAUCAGUGAAUUAAGUGCAGUUUAUAUUUGCUUUCAUUUGACAUGCAAACUAUUGUAGAAUGUUUUGCCCAGCUGUUCAAAGAGAAACUCUGCCUAAUUGAUUUUUUUUAAAUGCUGAAACUUCACUGUGCUUUUAAAAAUUAGAACAUUUAGAUUUGAAAGGGAAAUAGCCAAUGCCCUUACCCUGAUCAUUGUCCAUCUUCUCAUACUAAAAAGUAUGUAUGUUUGUUUAUAUAUGUAUUGUGUGUGUGUGUGUGUGUGUGUGUGUAUGUAUGUAUGUUUGGACACAUAUAUGAAGAAUAUAUGCACAGGUGUCUGUUCUAAGAAUGGACAAGUUAUCAGAGAGUAGGUAGCACCCAUAGUUUCUCAUCUAAACAAACAUCAGCAGCAAAGAGAAAGGAAUGGAGAAAACCUGUAUCUGGUUGAUAUUCUACCAUUGUGUGGAUUUGAAUUGGAGGUGGUUUUAGCUUUAGACAUGUCCUUGUGUUUUCAAAGUUAUAAACAAGAAUAAAUUGCAACACUUCCAAUGGUAGAUGAAUGUUUUACUGUAAAUUAUACACUGUUAUACACUGUGCAGAUUAUCUUACAAAAGGUAACAUAAUUCAAUGACUUGAAAAAUAAUGACUAUGGGAAGCUGAAAUAUUUUAAAGUAUUUACUAACUAUUAUAACAGGGUUAUUUGUAUAACUGGGAAUAGCUGGUCAGUAUUACUGGAAUCGGUAAUGUGCAAAUUUCUUCAAUUUUAUGUAAGAAAUUUCCAAAUUUCCUGCCUUUGACUAGAUCUGAUGUAACAGCUGCUCAUGACAACUCUGAGAGGUGCCUACUUGGUAGCUGCUGUCUGAAGAUUUUAAAGCACUAGUUAAAAGCAUACAAGCAAGGAAGCACGCUUGUGGUACUCUUAGCCCCAUUGAAGAGGAAUUGCAUAAUGCCAUGGAAACUUUAGACAUUAUCAAAGGAUUUUCAAAUCAGUGGUUGGGAAUAUUGGUAGCCAAUUCAAAUAUAAAUUACCAUUUGAUUUAACAUCUUGACUGUGAUUGUUAGAACUAUUUUGGCCAUCUGUAAUGGAAAACUAAUAUAAAAAGUACUGUCCCGUAAGGAAAGUUUUAUCUUUACGGGGCUGCAUUGUCUAAUUCACUUCCAUUACACUCUUGGAAUUAUAAGGAACUAGGAUAGAAGGAGGCUUGAGGUAAUUAUAAGAGGGCAUUAUUUAAUGAACUAAGAUUUAUCAUUGUCCAUGAAUCAACAGCUUAUGCUGUUAUAAUAGCCCAUUGAUUGAUUAUAAAAACAAAUGACACUGGACUUAAUGUGCUGGAUAUCGUGGACUAAAAAGGUCAUUUCAUAACCCCAACUACUGCCUGUUGGAAUGCAGUGUCUUUUGAACUGUAUCGUCUGCGCAACUUGCUCUAACUAUUGUUUUGGCUGUACAGUAAUCAAAGCUCAGUAUACGUUUUAUUGUUGCUUUAUCGUGACUGUAUGGCUCUGUAAUCAAAUUUUACAAUCUGCCUUUAAGGCCUGUUUUAAAGGCCAACAGGUUUCUGGUGGCAAGCCAUUUUUUAAAAAAAAAUUUCAUUUUGAUGUCUACCAGAAGUACAUUAAACCAAAUCAUGUUCCAUAGUGAGGGAUGUGUUCAGUGGUUAAAUAACUGUUCAUAAGCAAGGCUGUCCUGUGAAACAACCAAAAUAACGUAGAUCUUAUGUAUUUGUACAUGGUGAAAAUGCAGU